AUGCUGCGACGACCUCCCGGCGAGGGACGUCGACCUCAGCAAAAGAAACUCCUCGCCUUUUUUGCUGUUAUACUAUUGCCUUGGUUACAGCUUGUCGAUGCUCAGCAGCAGCAAAGACCGGCUAGCGAAUUGCACCGCCCUGGUGGCAGUCAGCCUCUCGCCGAUGAUGCCGUUCAGUGGGCCGCUACACCCAUUGACGCGACAAACGCACGCGAGACUGUCAACCAAGUAAAGCGUGCUUCCGCAGUCCGACAACCUCGACAAAAUGACGAACGUACCCGAAAGAACAAGAAGAGAGAAUACCAACACACCCCUGACGAUGCGAGCGCCCUCGCAACUUUGGCUCCGGACUCUCGGUCCGUGGGAGCACCAAACCCUUCAUAUCGGUCCACUAGCGCUUUUGCUUCUGGGCUGGCCUCGCCGCAGAUUGCGCGGAACUUGAAGGAUUGGGAAGUGGAAGACUUUGUGCUUCUGGCGACCGUCGAUGGAGAUUUGUACGCCAAUGACAGGCGAACCGGAAAAGAACGCUGGCAUCUCGAAGUCGACCAACCCAUGAUAGAGACAAAGCACUACCGUUCCGAGGAGUCUGUUCUCAACGAAAACUACCGUGCAGUCGACCAUUAUGUUUGGGCUGUUGAGCCCAACCGAGACGGCGGAAUAUACAUGUGGGCGCCAGACUCGAACCAUGGCUUCAUCAAGACAGGAUUCACAAUGAAGAAGCUCGUGGAAGAACUGGCACCAUAUGCUGAUGACAACUCACCCGUGGUUUACACUGGUGACAAGAAGACGACAAUGAUCACCCUUGAUGCGGCGACCGGACGAGUUUUGAAAUGGUUCGGCUCUGGAGGUUCUCAUGUCAGUGAAGCCGAGAGCUGCUCACGUCCCGACACCCUAUACGACGCAGGCAACCUGGAAUGCAGCUCGACUGGCACUAUCACGUUAGGAAGAACCGAAUACAUUGUUGGAAUUCAGCGACGCGACGAUGGUCUCCCCAUCGCUACUCUCAAGUACUCAGAAUGGAGCCCCAACAAUUACGACAGCGACCUCUUCCAGCAACAUCACUCCUCGCUUGACAAAAAGUACAUUACAAGCCAACACGAUGGUAAGGUUUAUGCCUUUGACUAUACACGAUCUGAGAAGGUGCCCGUAUUUAGCGAGCACUUUUCUGCACCUGUUGCUCGAGUUUUCGAUGUGUGUCGACCAGGUGACGCCACAUCUGAGAGCAACCCAGAUCUCGUUGUCCUCCCCCAGCCGCCAAUGCCACCAGAGGAUGAGACACAGGACCGCAUGCGCAGCAACAGCAUUUUCUUGAACCAAACUCGAUCAGGAGAUUGGUAUGUCAUGUCAGGUCAAUUGUAUCCUCUCAUCGCACAUGCUCCCGUGGCCCAAAUGUCCCGCUCCGAUUGGUGGGAUAUUGCUCCUGCUUGGGACACGCUCAACCAGACAAAGCUGUCGAAGGUCCUGGUAGGCACCCAUUAUCUUGGAAAUGCCGAUAAAAGAGGUAGCUUCCAUGCUCCCAGUCUACCUGCUGGUUCAAUUGAGGCGCCAGAAGUACAUGAUGGGUACGACGACAAUGUGGAAUAUGAGAAAGACCCCAACCCUCAUACAGACAUUGGCUUCGCAGAUGAGUCUAUUAUUCGUGAUAAGUUCAAAUCGAUAUCCGAUGGUGUCGCCAAGAGUGUCAAGGACUUUAUUACCAAUCCUGUUGUAAUCAUUCUCUUUGUUUCAGCACUGUAUUACAACCAGAAAAAUAUCCGCCGACAUCUCAAGCGUGGCAAACGCAGGGGCUUCUGGAAGGAACUUCAAAAUAUCCUGGGCAUUACGGAAGCCAAUAUUGUCAAUGACGAUGUUGAUGAUGCUCAGAGCACCGACACCGAAGUCAAUCCUGAUACCACACCUGAACCCAUCACGGAAGAGGUCAAGCCCGAUACACUCGGCGAGCAGCUUGAGGAGAGUACGAAAGAGCCGCCUGUGCCAGCUCCUGAGUCGUCCAACUUGCAACCUGAUGGAUUCCCACAUACUCCUGUCAAGGAAGUCGAGCUCAGUGACCGGGAAGCAACCCCCAAACCCAAAAAGCCGGUGGCCGAAGUGGACGCAGAGACUCCCGUCAAGAUCGCGAAUGACCUGCAAAACUCUCUCCAGAACCAAUCCAAGAACUCGCCACCUGUCGCCAAUCAAAAUGGUGCAGCUCCCGAGAAAAAGAAGAAGGCACACAGAGGAAGACGUGGCGGCGUGAAACAUCGAAAGGGUAGAGCCCAAGAAGCUUCUCAGUCUCGCGGCGACGACCCUGCCGCUGCCACUGUUGAGGACGCCGUGAACAACGCCAAGAAGUUGGGAGAAAGACCUAGUCUCGAGCCCGAUGUCAUGACUGUCCAUGACGACAUGCAAUCUGUAACGGGCUCUACUAUUCGUAUGGGAAAUAUUGAGGUGAACACAGAUGAGCAAUUGGGCACGGGCAGCAACGGUACCUUGGUGUUUGCUGGUAAAUUCGAUGGCAGGGCGGUGGCUGUCAAGCGCAUGCUUAUUCAGUUCUACGACAUUGCCUCUCAAGAGACCAGGCUGCUCAGAGAGAGUGAUGAUCAUCCAAAUGUUAUCCGAUACUACUCGCAGCAAAUCCGCGACGGUUUCCUUUACAUUGCGCUCGAACGUUGCGCUGCUUCUUUGGCCGAUGUCAUCGAGAGACCACACUAUCACCGUGAUCUCGCAAACGCUGGCCGACACGAUUUGCCCAACGUCCUCUACCAAAUCACCAACGGAAUCAGUCAUCUACACGAGCUCCGCAUCGUCCAUCGCGAUCUCAAACCACAGAAUAUCCUCGUCAACAAGGGCAAGGAUGGCAAGCCAAGAAUGUUGGUAUCUGAUUUCGGACUAUGUAAGAAGUUGGAGGGUGGUCAAUCGUCCUUUGGCGCAACUACGGGUCGCGCUGCAGGAACAUCAGGUUGGCGUGCUCCUGAGCUUCUCCUCGACGAUGAUGCUCGAGAAGGUGCCAUGAUGGAGUUGAGUACUCAGAGUGGCUCCGGCUCUGUCUUGGUAGACGACAGCAACAUGCCUCGACGCGCUACACGAGCCAUUGACAUUUUCUCACUUGGCCUGGUCUUCUUCUACGUCUUGACCAACGGUUCUCAUCCCUUUGACUGCGGCGAUCGAUACAUGCGAGAAGUCAACAUCCGAAAAGGCCAGUAUAGCCUAGAUCUUCUCGACUCGCUUGGCGAUUUUUCUCACGAGGCCACGGAUCUCAUUGCAUCCAUGCUCGAAGCCGACCCCAAAAACCGUCCAACAGCGAAGGAAGUCAUGGCUCACCCCUUCUUCUGGUCAGCAAGAAAGAGGCUUGCAUUUUUGUGUGACGUCUCAGAUCAUUUUGAGAAGGAGCCGAGAGAUCCUCCGUCAGCGGCACUGGCUGAGCUUGAGGGCCACGCAUCAUCCGUGACAAGUGACUUCCUCAAAGCACUACCAAGAGACUUCGUCGACUCCCUUGGUAAGCAGCGCAAGUACAACGGGGCACGUCUCCUCGACCUGCUCCGUGCUCUACGAAACAAGAGGAAUCACUACGAGGAUAUGCCCGAGGCGCUCAAACGAAAUGUCGGGGCUCUGCCCGAUGGUUAUCUCGCGUUUUGGACUGUUCGCUUCCCUUCACUGCUUUUGGUGUGUUGGAAUGUUGUUUGGAGUAUUCGAUGGGACAAAACCGAUCGUUUCCGUGAAUACUACGAACCUGCGGCUCUCUAG